AUGGCCAAGAUCCUACUGGAAAACUACUGCUUCCCUGAGAACCUGGUUGGGAUGCAGGAGGCCAUCCAACAAGCAAUUAACAGCGGAGAAAUCCUACAGAUUUCAGAUAAGAAGACCCUGGCAGCUGUGCUCACAGUCGGAGUGCAAGGGGCACUAAACGAUCCACGUUUGACCGUGUCAUACGAGCCCAAUUUCAUCCCAGUGAUUCCACCAGUGCUGCCGUCUCUCCCCAUAGAACAGCUGGUCCGGCUGGUGAGGAACUCUGUCAAGCUGGAUAUCCUGGAAAAUAACAUUGGUUAUUUGCGGAUAGAUCGGAUCAUCGGGGAGGAGACAGCAGUAAAGCUCGGUUCCCUGCUGAGGGACAACAUCUGGGACAAAGUUGCUCACACGUCCUCACUGAUUUUUGACCUGAGGUUCAGCACAGCUGGACAACUCUCUGGAGUUCCCUUUAUAAUCUCCUAUUUCUCAGAUCCUGAGCACCUCAUUCAUAUUGACACUGUGUAUGACAGGCCUUCAAAUACAACCAGGGAUCUGUGGACCAUGCCAUCAAUAAAAGGAGAAAGAUAUGGAAAGAAGAAAGAUGUGAUUAUUUUGACCAGUAAGCGGACCAUGGGGGCUGCUGAGGCAGUGGCAUAUACACUGAAAAACUUAAAGAGAGCCAUCAUAGUUGGAGAAAGGUCUGCUGGUGGGUCAGUAAAAAUACGAAAGAUUAGGAUUGGAGGAUCGGAUUUCUAUAUAACAGUUCCUGUGGCAAGAUCCAUCAGUCCAAUCACAGGACAGAGUUGGGAAGUAAGUGGCGUUUCCCCGACAGUCAACGUCAUUGCAAAGGAAGCUGUUGCAAAGGCAAAGUCCCUUCUGGCUGUAAGGCGUGCCAUUCCAAAAGUUGUGCAGAGGAUAUCUGACAUAAUCAGGAGGUUUUAUGCUUUCACUGACAGAGUUCCAGCUAUUCUUCAGCAUCUGCAAUCUACAGACUUUUUCUCUGUUGUAUCUGAGGAGGAUCUGGCACUCAAACUCAACCAGGACCUCCAGACUGUGUCUGAGGAUCCACGACUGAUCGUCAGAUACAUGAAAGAUAAUGCUGCCAUUGUAGAGGAGGACCCUGAGCUUUACAGAGUUCCUGAUGAUCCACAAUUAUUAAGUGCCCUGGUUGACACAACAUUUAAAGUGGAAAUUCUCCCAGGAAACACUGGCUAUCUCCGCUUUGACAAGUUCGUUGAGUCGUCUACGCUGACUAAACUAGAAGAAGUCAUGGCUGAAAAGGUGUGGAAGCCCCUAAAGGACACUAAUAUCCUGAUAAUUGAUCUACGCUACAACACUGGUGGAUGUUCUACCUCUCUAGCUCUUAUACUGUCUUAUCUGCAGGACACUUCCCAAAAGCAUCAAUUUUUUGCAAUAAAUGACAGAAUUCAGGACACAACAACAGCACAUGACUCUUUGCCUCAAAUUACAGGCCCAACCUAUGGCUCCAAACGUGGGGUUUACGUGUUGACAAGCUACUACACAGCAAGUGUUGGUGAAGAGUUUGCUUACCUGAUACAGUCUCUACACCGUGGCACAGUCAUUGGGGAAAUUACAUCUGGUAACCUAAUGCACUCAAAGGUGUUUCAAAUAGAGGGGACAGACCUCACCAUCACUGUCCCUUUCAUAAACUUCAUAGACAACAAUGGGGAAUUCUGGCUGGGAGGUGGCGUGGUCCCUGAUGCCAUUGUGCUAGCUGAGGAGGCUGUGGACCACGUUCAUGAGAUUGCAGAUUUUCAUCAAGGGCUCAGGUCGCUCUUGGAGGGAACUGAAGAACUGCUUGAAAAACACUACGCAAUCCAUGAGGUCGCCCUAAAGGUCGGUAAGGUGCUGUUGGGUAAAUGGGCCGAGGGACUGUACUGGUCAGUGGUUGACUUUGAGUCUUUGGCAUCUCAGUUGACAGCAGACCUGCAAGAGGCUUCAGGCGAUCACCGCCUCCAUGUCUUCCAUUGCGAUGUUGAACCUGAGUCGCUUCAUGACGUCGCAAAGAUCCCCACAGCUGAGGAGGUGGGAUAUAUAAUCAAUGCUUUGUUUAAAAUUGAGCUGCUGCCAGGUAAUGUUGGCUAUCUAAGAUUUGACAUGAUGGCAGACAUAGAGGUGUUAAAAGCCAUUGGCCUGCAGCUGAUAAAAUAGUGUGGAGCAAGAUAGUAAACACAGAU